AUGUUUCAGUCACUACGAUAUUUGAGAUAUCGCGAUACAUGUAUAUCAUUACAAUGCACUACUCAUAAGGUUGCUGAAAAUUCGUCGACAUCCCACGGCCCUUCUUGGGGCUCAUCGGAUAGAUGCAGUCCUCGAGUUUCCUUCAACCUUAUGUUCUACUUGAUACCGAAUUGCUCGAAACCAGAAAAAUACACUCAUGUGCAAACUAAUUUGGGCGCCCACACCUAUACACGAGGGCGAUUAGGGUACUCAACCAAAGCCUUUGCUCAAAAGCUCAACUGUAAGGCAGUGGUGUUUGGCGAGAAAUACAUAUGCAUUACCAUUUCUACGGAACAAGUCGCCACAUGUUCCAACCCCCGACCUAGAGGACCAGCCAGUGGCGAUCUUGUUGUGUGGGUGCCCUGGCAGUAUCCCAGCCCACGUACAACCAUGAAUUGCACAUACACAAAUAAACUCAUGCCACAUCGGCCAUCGCGUUGUGCCAUCAGCCGGGUCGCUGCAUACAGCAGGGCGGAUAGGCGAUAA